AUGGCCAGUAAACCCAUCGCCAUCAUCGCGGGCGUCGGCUCAGGCACCGGCGCAUCCCUCGCGCGUCGCUUCGCGAAGUCCUACCCCGUCGUCCUCCUGGCCCGUAAUCCCUCCAACUUUGAGGCUCUCGCCGAGGAGAUAAACCAGUCCGGUAGGGAAGCUAUCGGCAUUUCCACGGACGUCAGCAGCGAAGAGAGCGUCAAGAACGCGUUUGCAAAGAUCAAAGAAGUCUAUGGCGGGGCGCCUGUCGCAGCUAUGAUCUUUAACGCAAGCGCAAGGCCGUCUAGGAAGCCGUUCCUGGAGUUGACGACGGAGGAAAAAGGAGCGUUCCACAUUGCCCAAAACGCCAUCCCGCUCCUCCUCACCCACGUACAGUCCAAUCCUCCUGCCGGCACCUACCCACCAACCCUCAUCUUCACGGGUGCGACAGCCAGCGUGAAAUCAAACGCCCAAAUGUCCUCUUUCUCAACCGGGAAGUUCGCUUUACGCGCUCUAUCUACGAGCCUCGCGAAAGAAUUCGGUCCGCAAGGCGUGCACGUCGCGCACGCAGUCAUUGACGGUGUGAUUGACAUCGAGUUUACGAAGAAAUACAUAGAAGGGAAGCCGGACGAGGCGAGUAUUGGGAGUGAGGAUAUUGCAGAGGUUUACUGGGGGCUACACACUCAAGGACGAAGGGGCUGGGUAAAUGAGGUUGAUGUGAGGCCUAUGCUGGAGAAGUGGUAG